GGGGUGGGGCCUUCCCGAUGACCUUUCACCCCAGCAUGGCUGCGCCCUUGGGACCCGUGAAGUUCUGGCGACCGGGUACAGAGGGCCCAGGAGUCAGCAUCUCCGAAGAGAGACAAAGUGUUGCCGAAAACUCCUCAACAACCGUUGUUUACAACCCUUAUGCUGCUCUUUCCAUAGAGCAGCAGAGGCAGAAGCUGCCUGUGUUCAAGCUUAGGAAUCAUAUCUUGUACUUGAUAGAAAAUUAUCAGACGGUGGUGAUUGUUGGAGAAACAGGAUGCGGGAAGAGCACACAGAUUCCUCAGUAUCUGGCAGAAGCUGGCUGGACGGCGGAAGGAAGAGUGGUUGGAGUAACGCAGCCUCGGAGGGUAGCUGCCGUGACAGUUGCAGGGAGAGUAGCCGAGGAAAGGGGUGCAGUGUUGGGCCACGAGGUGGGCUACUGCAUCCGCUUUGAUGACUGCAGCAACCCGCUGGCGACAAGGAUUAAGUUUCUUACUGAUGGGAUGCUGGUGAGGGAAAUGAUGGUUGAUCCGUUGCUAACAAAAUACAGUGUCAUCAUGCUGGAUGAAGCCCAUGAGAGGACUCUGUACACGGACAUUGCCAUUGGCUUGCUAAAGAAGAUUCAGAAAAAGCGAGGGGACCUUCGGUUGAUUGUGGCUUCAGCUACUCUGGAUGCAGAGAAAUUUCGAGAUUUCUUUAAUCAAAAUGAAACCAAUGACUCAACCAGGGAUACGUGUGUGAUCCUUACAGUGGAAGGGCGAACGUUUCCGGUGGAUAUCUUUUAUCUGCAAAGUCCUGUUCCAGAUUAUAUCAAAUCAACUGUGGAAACUGUGGUGAAAAUUCACCAGACAGAGGGAGAUGGAGACAUACUAGCCUUUCUUACUGGUCAGGAGGAAGUAGAAACUGUUGUGUCUAUGCUGAUUGAGCAGGCCCGAGCACUGGCUCGCACUGGGAUGAAGAAACACCUCCGGGUUCUCCCCAUGUACGCAGGGCUGCCUUCCUUUGAACAAAUGAAAGUGUUUGAAAGAGUGUCACGAAGUGUCAGAAAGGUGAUUGUGGCUACCAAUGUGGCAGAGACCUCCAUUACUAUCAGUGGCAUUGUGUAUGUGAUUGACUGCGGCUUUGUGAAGCUCAGGGCCUACAACCCCAGGACAGCCAUCGAGUGCUUGGUGGUGGUGCCUGUGUCCCAGGCAUCAGCUAACCAGCGGGCAGGACGUGGCGGACGCAGCCGCUCUGGAAAGUGUUACCGCCUUUAUACAGAGGAAGCCUUUGACAAGUUGCCUCAGUCUACUGUGCCUGAGAUGCAGCGCAGCAACUUGGCUCCCGUCAUCCUUCAGCUGAAAGCACUGGGGAUCGACAAUGUCCUCAGGUUCCACUUCAUGUCGCCCCCUCCAGCACAGUCGAUGGUCCAAGCUUUGGAGUUACUCUAUGCAUUGGGAGGUCUGGACAAAGACUGUCGCCUAACUGAACCACUUGGCAUGAGAAUAGCAGAGUUUCCUUUGAAUCCCAUGUUUGCCAAAAUGCUGCUUGAAUCAGGAAAUUUUGGCUGUUCUCAGGAAAUUCUAAGCAUUGCGGCCAUGAUGCAGAUCCAGAAUAUCUUUGUGAUCCCUUCAAACCAGAAAUCUCAGGCAAUUCGUGUGCACAGGAAAUUUGCUGUGGAGGAAGGAGACCACCUCACCAUGCUCAACGUUUAUGAAGCAUUUAUCAAACACAAUAAGAACUCCCAGUGGUGCCAGGAACAUUUCCUGAAUUACAAGGGGCUUGUCAGAGCUGCAACUGUGCGAGAACAGUUGAAAAAGCUGCUUGUGAAGUUUCAGGUGCCCAAGAAGUCCAGCGAAGGUGAUCCAGAUCCCGUCCUGAGAUGCAUCGUCGCGGGAUUCUUUGCCAACGCAGCGAGGUUUCAUUCUACUGGAGCUUAUAGGACAAUCCGUGAUGAUCAUGAGCUACACAUCCACCCGGCAUCUGUCCUCUACGCAGAGAAGCCGCCACGCUGGGUUAUCUACAAUGAAGUCGUGCAGACCUCCAAGUAUUACAUGAGAGACGUGACGGCCAUAGAAUCUGCCUGGCUGCUGGAGCUGGCUCCACACUUCUACCAACAAGGAACGGUAAGGCGAGCUGUCUGUCCCCCGCUGCCCCAGCCACCACCUCCUGUCGAGAAGUAUUAAUUGUACAGAGAGGUUUUGUUGUGGCAUUUCCAUAUGUGCCCGUGUGCAGCUUAGCAUUCAGCCAGACUUCAGUCCGGACCCCGGGGCUCCCUUACGCUGCUCUGCGAGGUCCCUGUUCUCAGCAGCUCUGCACUCACCCCUUUUUGCUCUUACUUUUCUUUGUUUAGAAUGUGUUGUCCUGUGCCAAGGUUUGGAGACCCAGCUCCCUUGUGUUUGUGUUUUGAAGAUUCAUAGCCUCUGCGAGGUAUUGUUCCGGGGCACCAUGAAGCCCUAGGCUCCGUCUCCAACACUAGAGAAAGAGAAAGAAGAAAGAUCCUGGUGCUGUUUGUUUUCCGGUGCCGAAAUAAGAGUUGUUUUGACUAUUUUGUCCUGAUUCACUGCUGUGUGUAACCUGAGGGAAGGUCUGAACUCUCUUACUCCAUCAGGGCUAUGAUGGAUCGUCCACUGUUUUCUAACCCGAAUCCAAACCGAAUCAAACCAAAAUCUGAGUUCUGCGUUUUAAAAGUGUAAGAUGUAAGCCAGUCCUGGUGGUGUCUUCUAUAGUCUCAGCUGCUGGGAGGUAGAGGCAGGAGGAUCGCUUGAGCUCAGGAGUACAAGGGCAGCCUGGCAAACAUGGCGAGACACUGCUUUUUAAAGAGAUUUCAUGUUGAAUGUGAAUUUCUGGUUUCUCUAGAAAAACAUGUCUUGUUGAAAAAUCUGCCCUGCAAUUCAGGAGACAGAGGCAGGAGGACUAGGUUUUGAGGCUGGCCUGGACAACCCUGUCUCAAAAAGAAAAGUCUAGUACCACUGGCCUGAAUUCCCAGUCUGGUGGCAGUCAGCCACGCUGAGGUGGCUGGUGGCACUUGCCAGGUGCCAGAGGCCUGCUUUACGUGUUUAUUCACCUGCUCAAGUCUUGGAGACAUUUGAGUUCGUGGCCCCAUGAAGGACGGGUCUUCUCACUCCUUCUCUGUGGUCAUGGCAAGGGAUAUUGCCCUUUUCAAGCCACUUACCUUGUCUAACUCACAGCCAACCAGACAAACAGCAGGGGAGCCCUGUGCAGUUCUCCACACAUCUUAGUGUAGAAGUCUCAGCUGGAAAGCAGAUCCCCCGCAGGGGUUGAGGAGAACAGAGUGCUGUUUCUGCUCUGUGGGGCUCAUCAGAAUUAACCUGUGUGGCAGGAAACCUUUUCCUCCAAAACCUCAGCAAGUGGAAAAAGCAGACUUCACGAGUCGCAGAGAAAUGAUGAGAACUACAAACAGAGUGGACUGCAGAUGGCAGUGGACAGAGGCGCCUGUUAGAGUCAUGGAAUUCAAGGAGUUAGAGGAGGCUAGGCUGGGCUCCACUUGCAUUCGUGUAGCCUCUGGAGAACAGAAUUAGCCUAGAAGCUGACUCAUGCUCCCUUCACAGCUCAGAGUGACAGGUUCUUUAGGUCUAACCUGCAAAGCUAAAGGGCAAGUGGCUUCUGAAGUUCUGAGAAAAUGAGCCCCCGUUUUCGCACUUUUCUUUUCUCUUCAAAUUCCUGGCACUUAGCUGUCUCAUCUUACCAGGUAAGAACAUUUUCAGGGAAGCCGAGACCUGAGGACACACCUAGUGUGACGGACUCAUUGUGCAGGUGGCCCGCCCAACCCUGCUGUUGGAAGAGUUGGCCCUUUCUUAACUAAGUAGUUCAAAGACACUUCUGUUCACAUGUCCCAAGAUGGAUUUUCCUGGGCACGAGCCCCGGUCCCCUGGGCUGCCAUGUAUGGUGUCUACUCUUGGUGGAACACAGUAUAGCUCGCCCCACACCCAGCCUGCAGCUCAUCCGCACGGUCCCUGGCACCGCAUGUGACUUUCCAUCGCUGUGUUCAGUGUUGCUCUCACCCUGUAAAGAGGCCUGAAAUGGUUCAGAGUCUGCUUUGUUUAUAUUCAACAUUCCUUCCAGAAAAGAGCACCAAAAAAGGCCGCACAGGCACACUGGCGUCAUCUCCAUCCGCAGGCCUGUGCAGCGUGGUGGGGGUCACAUGAGGUGAAGGGCAGAGCAGAGAGUGCUGGGAGCUUCAGUAAGACGCAGCACGACGGGAAGAA